GUGUCGAGCGGACACUUGAAAAAGUUGACCAAUAAAAUGGCGGAGAGUAAAAAGCUGAUCAAGGAGUUUGAGAGACGGGCGCUGAGCGAAGGGGCCAUGGACGCGAACGCGUUGGCGGCGGCGAAGAAGGAAUACGUGUCGAGGUUGAACAAGUUUGUGCAGAUGAAGAAGGAGGCGCAGAUUGCGAUCGCGGAGAAACAAGAAGAGAGGAAGAGCGAGGUUGGUAGUCAGGGCGGGGAAGCGAGCACGUCGGGAGGGGUGACGACGUCGACGACGGCUACGUCGACGGCGUUUACGUUGCCGGCGUUCCGGCCAAAGCCAAAGGGGGAGAUUGUAGAGGAUGAGCAGUUGCAACUCAUGGAGGCUGGGGAUUUGAUUGAUCACGGUAGGAACGUCAUGGACCAAACGGAUAAGAGCAUCAUGCGAAGCGAAGCGGUGGUUGAGGAGACGAUUCAAAUAGGGACGCAAACCGCCGAGGCGUUGCGCGGGCAGACAAAACAACUGGAGAAAAUCGUAGAUGAUCUCGAUGAAAUCCACUUUUCGUUGAAAAAGUCGUUUGGCGUGCUGAAGGACAUCACCCGUGGGUUAGCGACGGAUAAGUGCAUCAUGCUCUUGCUCUUUUUGGUCGUCGUCGGCGUAGUUGUGGUCAUCAUUACGAGGUUCGUGAAGUAG